AUGGCCGUAGACUCGAACCUCUCGUCGUCCUUGGGACCUCCGGCGUGUGAAAAGGACGCAAAAGCCCUCCGUUUUAUCGAGGAAAUGACCCGAAACGCUGAUACCGUCCAAGAAAACCUCCUAGCGGAGAUUCUGAGACGCAAUGCCGACACCGAGUACCUCCGCCGCUUUAACCUCGGCGGCUCUACCGACCGAGAUACCUUUAAAUCGAAACUUCCAAUCAUUACUUACGAAGAUCUCCAGCCAGAGAUUCAACGCAUAGCUGACGGUGACCGCUCUCCAAUCUUAUCCGGCCAUCCCAUCUCCGAGUUUCUCACCAGCUCGGGAACUUCAGCUGGUGAGAGGAAACUCAUGCCCACUAUUAAAGAAGAGCUCGAUCGUCGUCAGCUUCUUUACAGUCUCCUCAUGCCUGUCAUGAAUUUGUAUGUGCCGGGACUAGAUAAAGGAAAGGGAAUGUAUUUCCUGUUCGUUAAGUCGGAAUCAAAGACACCGGGGGGGCUACCGGCUCGACCAGUCCUGACUAGCUAUUACAAGAGUGAUCAAUUCCGGUCUCGAGCAUAUGAUCCCUAUAACGUCUACACAAGUCCAAACGAAGCCAUUCUCUGUUCGGACUCCUUCCAAAGCAUGUACACUCAAAUGCUUUGUGGCCUCCUUGACCGACUCUCUGUCCUCCGCGUGGGUGCCGUCUUUGCCUCUGGUCUCCUCCGUGCCAUCCGCUUCCUUCAGCUCCAUUGGUCUCGCUUUGCCAACGACAUCCAGUCGGGUUUUCUCGACUCCGAGAUAACUGACCCGUCUAUAAGACACUGCAUGUCCGGUAUUCUCAAACCGGACCAUGAGUUGGCGGAGUUUAUCCGCCGGGAGUGUGAGUCUGAAAAUUGGGAACGAAUCAUCACCCGUAUUUGGCCUAACACUAAGUACCUUGACGUCAUCGUAACUGGAGCCAUGGCUCAAUAUAUCCCAACGUUGGAAUACUAUAGUGGCGGUCUUCCAAUGGCUUGCACCAUGUACGCUUCCUCCGAGUGCUACUUUGGUUUAAACCUUAACCCAAUGAGCAAACCGUCCGAAGUCUCUUACACCAUCAUGCCCAACAUGGCCUAUUUCGAGUUUAUCCCUCUCGGCGGCUCCAAGGCCGUUGAACUCGUUGAUGUAAAGAUUGGCAAAGAGUACGAACUCGUGGUCACAACCUAUGCCGGUCUAUGUCGAUACCGAGUGGGUGACAUCCUCAGAGUCACAGGCUUUCACAACUCAGCACCUAAAUUUCACUUUGUGAGGAGGAAGAACGUCCUCCUNAGCAUCGAUUCUGACAAGACGGACGAGUCUGAGCUUCAGAAAGCCGUGGAGAACGGAUCGAGUCUUCUUCUUAAAGAAUGCGGGACUCGCGUAGCCGAGUACACUAGCUACGCAGACACAAGCACAAUCCCUGGCCACUACGUUUUGUAUUGGGAGUUGUUAGUGAGGGAUGGGGCAAGCCGGCCGAGUCACGAGACCAUGACUCGGUGCUGCCUCGAGAUGGAAGAGUCGUUGAACUCGGUUUACCGGCAAUGCCGAGUCGCCGACAACUCGGUUGGACCGCUCGAGAUAAGGGUUGUGAGAAACGGAACGUUCGAGGAGCUGAUGGAUUACGCCAUCUCUAGAGGCGCAUCAAUUAACCAGUACAAGGUACCGAGGUGCGUUAACUUCACACCUAUUGUGGAGCUACUUGAUUCUAGGGUUGUGUCGGCGCAUUUUAGCCCAGCUUUACCGCAUUGGACGCCGGAGACGAGGAGAAAAUAA